AUGUUGGUCUACCAAAUGAAGGGCUACAGCGGCUAUGCCGUUCAGUACUCGCCGUUCUUCGACAACAAGCUGGCAGUGGCAUCAGGAUCUAACUUUGGACUGGUGGGAAAUGGCCGACUAUUCAUCAUGGAUCUCACGGCGCAGGGCACGAUGGUGGAGUCCAACUCAUUUCUCACCAAGGAUGGGCUGUUCGACGUGGCGUGGAACGAGCUGCACGAAAACCAGGUGCUGGCGGCGCAGGGCGACGGGUCUCUGCGGUUGUUCGACAUCACGCUGCAGCAGUACCCGAUCGCGUUGUUCCAGGAGCACCAGCGGGAGGUCUUCAGUUGCAACUGGAACUUGCUGCAUAAGGACACAUUUGUGAGCUCGUCGUGGGACGGCACGGUGAAGGUGUGGACACCGGCGCGGCCACAGAGCAUGCUGACGCUGCUGCCCGCGCCCGCGAACCGCAGCGUGAUGGUAGAGCCAGGCGCGCGCGGCCUACCGCUCUCGAACCAGCAGCAGCACAAGGACGCUGCCGACAACAAGGACUGCAUAUACCAGGCGCAAUUCUCGCCGCACGACCCGAAUCUCGUGAUGAGCUGCUCCGGUAACUCCUACGUCUCGCUUUUCGACCUGCGGCAGCCCGCGGCGUCGAACCAGCAGCGCUUCAUCGCGCACAGUGGUCUAGAAGCGCUCUCCUGCGACUUCAACAAAUACCGCCCGCAUGUAAUCGCGACUGGCGGCGUCGACAAGAUGGUCAAGGUGUGGGACCUGCGGAUGGUACGGCAGACACUUACAACCAGCAGGACUGCCCCUGUCUCCAUCAACGAAAUGCAGGGCCACUCCUUGGCUGUGCGCAAAGUCGUCUGGUCCCCGCACCACUCGAACAUCCUCCUCUCCACCUCCUACGACAUGACCUGCCGAGCCUGGCACGACCUCGCGGACGGCCCCGGUGGCCAGCACUCGGGGCGAACCAACAACAGCGACCCGCAGCGCGGUUGCUCCUAUGUGUUUUCCAAGCACUCCGAGUUCGUCUUCGGUGCAGACUGGAGCCUUUGGGGCCAGCCGGGCUACGUCGCCACCACCGGCUGGGACGGCCAGGUCUGCGCGUGGUACGCGCUCGCUAGGUAG